AUGAAUAAAAUCAUAAUGCUGGAAUGUCAAUGUGGAAACUUUAGUCGAAGCUACUUUUCUAAUUUCACUGUGCUGCUUAAAAAUUCACGGCUAAAUAUGGAUUUUUUUUUGAUAAGAGAUCUGGUUCCGGGUGUGAAAAUGGACAUGGAGUUCCUCAUUGCCAUGAAGAACUCUAAUAAGUAUCAGAAAAUUUUCCAAUACACUCUGGAUAUGUGUAAUAUGCUGGCACAAAGGAGAAACAAUAUAUUCAAGAGAUGGUUUGCGACGUUCUUCGAAGCCAGCAAUUUCAAUAGGUAUUGUCCGGUGAAACCAAACUUUUACUAUUUGAAAAACUACAACUACAAUAACCUCUACAUUCCAAAGUUUUUGUAUGCAGGCAAGUACCGAGUAAAGUUCGAUAUGAACCAGUUAAGGAAUAACGAAAGAAUCAAAGAAUUCGUUGUGAGCUGUGCCUUUGAAAUUGACCUAAAGUAA